AUGGCAACUAUUAAAUUGCAGUUUCCUGCAUCUUUAAAGACUUCGUAUACGUUUGCAAACUCUUUGAAAGUUGCUAUUUCAAUUCACGAAUAUGGUGUAAAAGCUCCUAUUGAAGGAGCUGCAAAUUGCUCUUCUGUUCGAUUGCUAGAUGCCAAAGAUUCAGAAAAAUUUAUUUCUGAUGCCAAUGCAAUCGUAAGUUAUUUGUAUUGGCAACAAAAGAAUGUUUCUUUUGAAGAGUUCCUGAACUCUAAAAUGUCUAUUUUGGAUUGGGAAGCUUUAACCUUUGGUCAUUUUGUGAAAGAAGCUGCCGAGAAUAAAAAUUUUAAUCAACUGUUGAGCCUUUUACAGGAAAUAAUCAAGCAAGACUCUGUUUCUGAAAACUUUACCCCUGUAGAAAUUGCUCUCGUUGCUGAUAUCCAUUUCUGCGUCGCCAAUGGAGCUGGUUUGGAAGGGUACCCAGAAUUGAGUAAGUGGUAUUUAAAAACUGAAAAGAACCCUUCUUUCGUAAAGGCUUUACGGGUCUGUCUCGAGAAAUCUUUAGGUCAACCUGCCGAGAUUUCCGCCAAGGUUCCUAUUUCUACAGAAACUCGUAACGUCCAAACUAGCAGUUUGAUGCGUGAACGAAAUCCAUCUGAGAAGCUUCUUCCUAAAGCAAAUGAAGCCAACAUUUUAAUUACUUCUGCUUUGCCUUAUGUAAACAAUGUUCCUCACUUGGGUAAUAUUGUCGGAAGCACCCUCAGUGCUGAUGUCUUUGCUCGUUAUCAUCGUGCCCGCAAUCAUAACACUCUCUAUAUUUGCGGUACUGAUGAAUAUGGUACCGCUACCGAGACCAAAGCUUUGGAAGAAGGUAUGUCUCCCAAAGAACUUUGUGACAAGUAUAAUGUUUUACACAAGCAGGUCUACGAUUGGUUUGAAAUCGAGUUUGACGAAUUUGGUCGUACUACUACUCCAAAACAGACUGAGAUUGCCCAACACAUCUUCAAAAAAUUGCAUGAAAACGGAUUCAUGUCUGCUGAUUCUAUGACUCAAUUAUAUUGUGAAGUUCAUAAUGGAUAUCUCGCUGAUCGAUAUGUUGAAGGAAUCUGUCCUAAAUGCCAAUAUGAGGAUGCUCGAGGUGAUCAAUGUGAUAAAUGUGGUGGUCUUCUGAAUGCUUUUGAACUCGUUGAACCCAAGUGUAAGUUGGAUGGCUCUAAACCUGUCAAGCGUGAAACGCGCCACGUUUUCUUGUCUUUAGAUAAGUUACAACCUGCUGUUGAAACCUGGGCCACUGAAGCUGCCGUUGAGGGUAAAUGGACUGUGAACGGACGAGCCAUUACUGAAUCUUGGUUGAAGGAAGGACUUCGUCCUCGCUGCAUUACUCGUGACCUGAAAUGGGGUACGCCAGUUCCUUUGGAGGAAUUCAAAGACAAAGUUCUUUAUGUAUGGUUUGAUGCUCCUAUUGGUUACAUCAGCAUGACUGCUAACUACACUGAUGAAUGGGAGAAAUGGUGGAGAAAUCCUGAGCAAGUCAAACUGUAUCAAUUCAUGGGCAAGGAUAAUGUUCCUUUCCAUACUGUCAUUUUCCCUUCCUCUCUGUUGGGUACGAAGGAAAAAUGGACAAUGUUGCACCACAUUAACACAACCGAUUAUUUGAAUUAUGAGACUGGCAAAUUCUCAAAGUCUCGGGGUGUCGGUGUCUUUGGUAACACGGCUCAAGAUAUCGGUUUAUCUCCUUCCGUUUGGCGUUAUUACCUUUUAUCUACUCGUCCUGAAACUUCCGAUACCAUGUUUACUUGGAAAGAUUUCAUUACUAGACACAAUUCCGAGUUGCUUGCUAAUGUUGGUAAUUUUGUAAACCGCACUCUCAAAUUUACCACUGCCAAAUACAAUGGAAUUGUUCCUCAUUAUUUAGAGAAUGCAUCUGUUGGAGCCGCCAAGUUGAAGACAGACUUCGUUCAAGAUGUUAACAUGUUAUUGAAAAAGUACAAUGCUGCGCUUGAGCAAUCGAAAUUGCGUGAAGGACUUCGACUUGCGAUGGAAAUUUCGGCUCGUGGUAAUCAAUACCUUCAAGAUAACCGCGUUGACAACAAGUGUUUCUUGUAUGAAAGACAAAAGUGUGCCGAUGCGAUUGGUUAUUCUCUGAACUUGAUUUAUUUGCUUGCUUCUAUAAUGUAUCCAUAUAUGCCUAGUGUAAGCUCCAGUAUCAAUAAGCAAUUGAAUGCUCCUGCGAUGGCUAUUACUGGCGAUUUCUCUCUUCCUUUACUUCCUGGUCACAGAAUUGGAGAGCCUGAAUAUUUGUUCUCCCGCAUUGACGAAAGCAUGGAAGAAAAAUGGCGUAUUAAGUACGGUGGUGUCGAUGUCCAAAAAGAAACUGCUUAA